AGCUGAAGUUUAAACCCGCCGACCCUCCCAUUUUCGUCACAACGAAAGAACUUCGCAGUAAAUAAGAUUUUGUUGGCUUUUCUUAGUUUGUUGUGGUGGUUUUAAUGGCUAAAGGAGAUGAUACAGUGAGAAAAAAGAAAAACAAAGCACUAAGAAAGAAGCUAAACAGGAAAACAGACUCUUCAACUGUAUCAGCUCGAAUUGCCUCCAUUAUCGCCUCCAAGAAACGUCGAAAAGCCGGUAAACGCCGCAUCUGUCAGGGGAUGUGUUUUAGCCUUCCUACUCCUGAUGAUCCCUUUAAUGACAGACUUGAUAAAAUGGUUAUCAGUAAAAGAGAAACAAAAAAAAUCGUGCCUUCAGAACUGGAUCAGAAAAUGCCAACCAAUAAGAAGGACGCUGUUCCCAAAAAAGGAUCAGUUCUUGAGCAUGAUAUGAAAGUAGAUAGUUUGGUAGCGAUGAUGGAUUUGAAGGAUGAACAGAAAAAAUUAGUUACAUUGAUUAAUAAUGUAGGCCAGACAAGACAUAUGAAUCCAGGAAGAAUGCAGAUCCAGCUAGGUGGAAAGAAAAUUGGUGUCCAUGGUCAUCAAGAACAAGCCUGUGAAAGUGCACGUUGUCCAUCAAAGUAUCUUAUACUCUGCUUGAAAGCAAUAGAAGAUGCAUUGCAUUAUGAUGGUACCUACAAUUGUGAAGAGGGCAAGUCUCUAUUUGUCAACACAUGGGGUGUUGAAUUCUGGAGAUGUUAUUCAGUUGGAAAGGAUAUACUUGAGACAAGUGGAUCAUCUUCCGAUGUAGAGCAAAUUGCAUGGAUUGCUUCUACUGCUUCUGAUGCUAUUUCAAGGAGAGAGAAAGAAGGUCUUUCAUUCACCAGCCCUUUCCUUCUAUUCCUUGUACCAUCCAAAGAGAAAGCUCUUAAGGUACGUUCACUCUGCAAGCCCUUGAAAGCUGUUGGCAUACAUACAGUGAGUUUACACCCGGGUGCUUCCAUAGACCAUCAGAUCAGUGGUCUGCAGAGUUGUGAACCUGAGUUUCUCGUGUCAACACCUGAGAGACUUUUGGAGCUAGCUUCCUUGAAGGCCAUAGAUAUAUCUGGGGUCUCCAUGCUGGUUAUUGAUGGAAUGGAGUCUCUUUCUAGAGCUGGUUAUCUCAAUACCAUAAAGUCUAUCAGGCAGGCUAUUUCAGCAAACCCCCAUACUUUGGUGUUCAACGAUUCCUUCAGUAAUGCUUCUAUUCCUGCUGUGCAAAAUCUACUGACGGGAUUAGUCUAUAGAUUAUCUCUCAAUAAUUCUGUUGCUAGUCAAAGUGCUUCCAUCAUCCAGUCUAUAUAUGUGUGCUCCUCGAAGGAAGAAAAGAUGAUGAAGGGCAUUCAUGCUUUGGAUGAUGCUACCUGCAAUCAAAUGAUACCACAACCUUUGAAGGUGCUGUACAUAGUUGGAAAAGACAAUAAUGUUCAAAAAUUAGUAUCAGCUGUCAAAUUAAAGGGAUAUUCCAUCUCCAUCAGCUCUUCCUUGAAUAUUAUGGAGUUCGAGAACAGUCUGCACUCUGGCAUUAGAGGGAGACAUACAGUCUCCAUUAUUGCUACUGAGCACAUCAGUUCUACAGAUUUGGGAGAGUAUGGUGUUGUAAUACUUCCAGAUUUUGUUCUCUCAAUUGAUGAUUAUGUUCACAUUCUUGCAAGGAUGGCACGACAAACAGUCAAUGGUGUAUUGCACAGCUUUUUAACUGAAGAUGAUGCGCAGCAUGCCGGUCCAUUGAUUGAAAUCCUUGAACAAUGUCGGCAGGCAGUGCCUGAAGCCCUAAGAAACUUGUGUCAUGUGGUUCAUCCAUGUUAAAGAGUCCUUGAAAAGAAAUAACUGUCUCAUUUUUUCUAGACCCUCAAAUUCUCUUUGCUGGAACUAUUAUUAGGUGAAAUGUUGCAAUCUCAUAUUUCACCUGCAGUUUUGCUAAUACGGCAAUGAGGUUAAGAAUUUGUAAAAUUAGGCUGAGUGGCCAAAAAUUUAAAAAAGAAAAGAAAGAAGCUCAUCUGGUUAUUGAUU